AUGGAUAGUGUCCAGUGGCUUGCAAGGGGAGAUGAUGAAAAGCCCAUUCCCACUCGAGAGGCGGAAGACCGCGAAAGCUGCGUCUCCGCGCUGCUCGGCCUGGUGCCAGCAGCUUGCCUGGCGGAAUCAGACUACCUGUUAGUCGCGAGGUUGUUGCUGAGUGUCCACAACGACCUGCAGCUCUUUAGUCUAGUGCAGCUGCCAUUCUGUGCUCAUGACGCCACGGCACUCAGACGCUAUACACACAGGAGAUGCCUCAAUGUACAGGAGCACAAGUACCACAUCCUCAGGACCUUUGGGAAUCGACCAAGAGCUUUUUGA